AUGAUGAUGAAGACUUAUGGAAAGUUUUUAAAGGCCACAGGACUCGUAGUAAAUCCGCAGAAAUGUCGAAUUUACUGUGCUGGCAUGGAAGAGAUGACAAAGCAGAAUAUUACCGAAGCAUCGGGGUUUCAAGUGGUCCGUCUUCCUUUUAAGUACCUGGGGGUUUCGGUAACAGGUAAAAAACUCUCUGUUCGCCAUUAUGCACUGUUAAUAGACAAGAUCGUGGGAAAGAUAAAGCAUUGGACUGUGUGGUUAUUGACAUACGCAGGGAGGCUCCAACUCAUUAACUAUAUUAUGUUUGCGAUGACUAAUUAUUGGCUCACUUGUUUCCCUUUCCCCAAAACUGUACUACAGAAAAUAGAAUCGAUUUGUCGUAUCUUCCUCUGGACAGGUGGUUUUAAAGGGAACCGGAAAGCACUAGUAGCUUGGAAACAGAUUUAUAAUCCUCGUAGCCAUGGCGGCUUAAACAUCGUUGACAUUGAGGUUUGGAAUAAAUCAACUAUUAUGAAGCUGCUUUGGAAUUUAAGUGGAAAUGAAGAUUCUCUUUGGGUUAAAUGCGUACAAACGUACUAUCUCAAAAAUAAAGAUCUGAUGGAGAUCCAGUGUAAGAAGAAUGAUUCCUGGAUAAUGAAAGGCAUACUCAAUCUUAGAGAGGAAUUUAUAAACAUGAGCAAUUAG